AUGCGGCGGCCUCCAAGUGCAACUGCUGCCCUAGCGGUGAUGCUAUGCACGCUCCUCGUGACCGGCCCUCUCAGGUCCAGGGCUCAGGACACGACCUCGUCGUCUACGUCGGCGGCCACCACGUCAACGCCGCCGUCGACGACACCGACGCCACAGUCGGCCACGGGCGACAAGCCAGCCGACAUCAAGCAAAGCCUGAUCGACUGGCUGCUGGACGGCGUCGACCCCCACCAUGAGACGGAGUUCGAAGGUUACGACGGAUGGUACAACAAUCCGAGCGUCCCGGAGCUGGGAUCAGCAGACGGACAUCUCAUCCGGCUGUUCCCGGCGCAGUACUCGGACGGCUCGUACAGGCCGAAUGGCCAGAAUCGACCGAACCCGUUCACCAUCAGCAAUGCGACCAUGCGGGGAAACUUCGGAGAAGGUCUUUCGAGGACGGGAAAGACGGCAUUCCUCGUUUUCUUCGGCCAGCAAGUCGUGGAGGAAAUCCUGGACGCGCAGAGGUCCGGCUGCCCACCGGAGUACUUCAACAUCCCCAUACCUGAGAAUCACGAGUACCGCAACAUCGGCGCUGCUGCGAUGCCUUUCCUGAGAACUCGCUACGAUGUGAGAACGGGAAACUCGCCCAACAACCCGAGACGACAGAUCAACGAGAUCACUCCGUGGAUCGACGGUGGCCUGACGUACGGCACCUCGAAGACGUGGGCCGACACGCUUCGAUUGUUUCGCUGCGGAAAGCUGGCCUCAUCGCACAACGGACAGUUCCCCGUCGAGAACAGCAUCCGGCUGCCCAUGGCCAACCCGCCGCCCCCGCGGUUCCACCGGCUGCGGCCCGUGUCCCGCUUCUUCCGAUUGGGCAAUCCGAGAGGUAAUGAGAACACAUUCCUGCUGACCAUGGGCACACUGUGGUUUCGAUUCCACAACGCCGUAGCCGAGAGGAUGUGCCAGAGGUUCGGCACAGCGAACGCGGGGUCAAACAACUCCUCGUCUUUGAAGCUGUGGAACGAGGAGCGCAUCUUCAACGAAGCUAGGAAAUUGGUCAUCGCCGUACACCAGCAAAUAAUUAUGAAUGACUGGCUUCCCGAAUGGCUCGGGUCAGGAUUGCCUGCAUACGAAGGGUGGGACUCCAGCAUCGAUCCAGGGAUUGCUACGGAAUUCCAGUCUGCUGCUAUGAGAUUUGGGCAUACGUUGGUGACAUCGGGCGGCUACAGGAGGGGCCCUGCUUCGGACUGUACGGUGCGCAACGUCACCUUCGAUAUGGACGGACAAAGGCACAGCGUAAGCGGUGUGCGCACGUGCAACUCCUUCUGGAACCCUCAGGAAGCUCUGCUGGACGGCGGUAUUGAGCCGAUGAUCAUGGGCCUGAGCUCUCAGGCUGCAGAACGGGAAGACAACGUCAUCGUCGAGGACUUGCGGGGGAGAGUGUUCGGCCCGCUGGAGUUCUCGCGGCGCGACCUGAUGGCGGUGAACAUCCAACGAGGGAGGGACCACGCCAUACCGGACUACAAGACAGCACGCCGCCUGCUGGGCCUGAAGCCCAAUUUCGACACAUUCAGCGAGAUGGGCCGGUUGAUAUCGCCUCUGCUGUAUGGGGAGAACCCAAAGCUGUUCGACGAGGUACUACCUGACCUAUACGGCAACUCCACGGACAACGUGGACAUGUGGGUCGGAGGCCUGCUGGAGACGAGCGACCGGCCGGGCCCGCUGUUCCAGACCAUCAUCCGCGACCAGUUCCGCAGGAUCCGAGACGGGGACCGCUUCUGGUUCGAGAAUAACAGCACAGGUUUCUUUUCGCAGGAGAUGAUCAACAAGAUCAAGCAGCUGAGAAUAUACGACGUAAUCCUGACGGCCACAAACAUAUCUGCUGGAGACAUUCAGCUCAACCCGUUCCGUCUGCCUUCUGAUGCCAACGGAGGACUGGCGUCGCAGUGCAUGGACCAGCUGACGGUGAAGUACAACUGCACCACGAUAAACAACGUCACGACCACGUGCCACGCGCUGCCUCCGCUCAACAGCGCUCGGGUCGAGAGCUGCACCCGGCUGAAGACGUUCGACUACUUCAGCGAGAGCGAGAUCUCCUACGCGCUCACCUUCCUCGGGCUCGCGCUCUUUGUGGUCGGCUGCGUGCUGCUCCUACUUCUUCUGGCGGACAGGAGGAGGCGCCUGGUGGCCGAGGAGCGCAAGAAGCUCAAUAAGCGGCGCUCGCGUUCUGGAGCCAAGGACACCGCCAUCUUGCGAGAGUGGCAGGGUCACCGCCAGGGCUACCGGAGCGUGGUGGCGCGCCUGAUGGCUGACAAACGAAGCCUAGUGAUGACCAACGCGACCAGUGGGGCACCCUUGCGCAGCAUCGACUUCAGCAAGGUCCAGUCGGUCGUCUUCCAAGUAGCGUCAUCCAAGCGGCGCCACUUCUUCAUGCUCAGACUGCCAAAGGAAUAUGACCUGGUGCUCAAGUUCGACGCCCUCGACGAGAUGGAGUCGUUCGUGGCGCGGGUCGAGGAGUUCCUGGGCAACAUCGGCGUAGGGCGCGAGAGACGACAGCUGGAAGAGAGCGUUCUGCUUCGAGACGCCAUCACCCUCGAGCACCGAAAGAAGCAGCUCGACAAGUUCUUCCGGGUCGUCUUCGCUCAGGCGUUCGGCAUCGAGCACGACCAGAAGGAGAUCCUGCAGCUGGACGCAGCUCAGGCACGGGACAUCGUCAACCUGGAGCUGACGCAAACCGAGUUCGCCGCCGCCCUCUCUAUGCAUCCGGACUCGACGUUCGUCCAGCAGAUGUUCGCCUUGGUAGACUUCGACAACAACGGCUACAUAUCCUUCAGGGAAUUCCUCGACAUGAUCGUCAUCUUCGCCAAAGGAUCUGCUGAAGACAAGACUAAGCUCAUGUUCGACAUGUACGACAUCGACCACUCAGGAAAACUAUCGCGCAGCGAGUUCGCGAACAUGAUCAAAUCACUGCUGGAACUGGCCAACCAAAGUUUGUCGCAGGAGAAGCUGAACGAACUGAUCAGCUCCAUGUUUAGAGAAGCUGGAUUGGAGAAGAAGCAGACCAUCACGCUGGAGGACUUCCAGAUGCUACUGUCCAGCCACAAGGACCAGCUCGGGUAUACACAGCUCAACUUUGACGUGUCUACCUUCAAAGGGGCUCCUCCACCAUCGAUGAACAGAAAUAGCGUCGUCUACCGCGCCCAGAACACUCUCGUCCGGGCUUACAGUUACUUCGGCGGCAAGAGCGACGCACCCACGGCCGCUGCCGCGCUGGCCGCUGAGGCAACGGGCCAGUCCACUCGCCGCCGGCUGAACGUGCAGCCGCUGGCGCUACCCCGCAAGGUCAACUACGAGCGAGAAUCGGCCUUGUCCCGCUACCGAGUCGCGGUGGGCAAGUUCGGCGAGAACCACCGACUGGAGAUCUUCUGGCUCACCCUGUACACACUCGUGCUGUUCGCCAUCUUCUGCGAGCGAGCUUACUAUUACUCGGUGGAACGUGAGCACGGUGGUCUACGGCAGAUCGCCGGCUACGGCGUCACCAUAACCCGUGGUGCGGCGAGCGCCCAGAUGUUCACCUACUCGACGCUGCUGCUGACCAUGUGCCGGAACAGCAUCACCUUCCUGCGCGACACUUUCCUGCACCAAUACGUGCCCUUCGACUCGGCCAUUCCCAUGCAUCUGUACAUAGCCAUAUGGGCCGGCAUCUUUUCAGUUAUCCACAGCGUGGGACACGCCCUAAACUUCUACCAUAUCUCCACGCAGACUGCAGAUGACCUCACAUGCCUCUUCAGAGAAUAUUACCAUGCGACGGACGAACUACCCAAGUUCCACUACUGGUGCUUCGCCACCAUGACAGGACUGACGGGGGUGUUCCUGCUGAUGCUGCUGUCGGUGAUGUACGUGUUCGCCACGCCGUUCGCGCGGCGCCACGUGUUCAACGCAUUCUGGAACACGCACAACCUGUACCCGGUCUUCUACAUCCUCAUGGUGCUCCACGGCCUCGGGCGCCUGGUGCAGCCGCCGAUCUUCUACUAUUUCUUCCUGGGACCCCUGGUGCUCUACGUCCUCGACCGGCUGGUCUCGCUCAGUCGCAAGAAGGUCGAGAUCUCGGUCAUCCGCGCCGAACACUUGCCGUCCGAUGUCACCAUGCUGCUGAUGAAGCGUCCACCCAGCUUCGAAUACCGCAGCGGUCAGUGGGUGCGCAUUGCCAGUUUGGGCCUCAACGGCUCCGAGUACCACCCGUUCACGCUUUCCUCGGCGCCGCACGAGGACAACCUGAGCGUGCACAUCAGAGCGCUUGGCCCGUGGACCAUCAACCUGCGCAAGAUCUACGACCCCAGCAACUUGCCGGACAAGGGCUACCCCAAGAUUUACCUGGACGGCCCGUUCGGCGGGGGCCACCAGGACUGGUUCCGCUUCGAGGUGUCCGUGCUCGUGGGCGGAGGCAUCGGCGUCACACCGUUCGCCUCCAUCCUCAAGGACAUCGCGCAGCGAGCCUCGAGUCGCGCCGGGGGCAGCGUGGCGUGCAAGAAGGUCUACUUCAUCUGGGUCACGCGCACCCAGAAGCACUUCGAGUGGAUGACCGACAUCAUCCGCCAGGUCGAGGAGCGAGACGCCAGGGACUUCGUCAGCGUGCACAUCUUCAUCACGCAGUUCUACCACAAGUUCGACCUCAGGACCACCAUGCUGUACAUUUGCGAGCGGCACUUCCAGAGGAUAUCGAACCGGAGCCUGUUCACCGGGCUGAAGGCGAUCACCCACUUCGGGCGGCCCGACUUCUCUGGUUUCCUAGACUCGCUACAGGUGGAGCACCCUACGGUCUCACGGUUCGGCGUCUUCAGCUGCGGGCCGUUCCCCAUGACACGCAGCGUCCAGACAGCGUGCGACGAGUUGAACAGAAAGGAAGGCGCCCUUUUUGACCACCACUACGAGAACUUUUAGGAGAGACGUCGUCGCUGGGUGCUUUGCGAUGCUCGUAACACAAUGGCCAAGCCUUAUUUCGCCGCCAAGACGAAACCGAAUAAAGUCCUUCCUAUCGUUCA